AUGAAAACUAUAUUUUUUGGGAGUGGAUUGUUUCCCUUGCCUAUCUUUUAAAGGUUGCAUAAGUUGGCAGCAAUUGAUCCCAAAUUGAGUCUGAUAACAGUGCCAAACCAUUCACAUAAGGAGAAAAAUUAAAUUAAAGAUUAUGCUGCUUAAUAGCAAUUUAAAAUUUAUCAACCAAAUUUGUCAGACAAGACUAACAACUUUGUUUAAGAAAUUCAGGAGAAACCUGAUCUUGGAAUAGUUUGUAAUUAUGGAUACAUGAUUCCAAGUCAGAUUAUUGAUAUUUUUAAUAAGGGAGUUUACGUGAUUCAUCCUUCCUUAUUGCCAAAGUAUAGAGGGGCAGCUCCGAUUCAAAGGGCUAUAAUGAAUGAUGAAUAGAAGACUGGUGUGUCAUUUAUUGAGAUUUCAAAAAAUAAAUUUGAUGCAGGUGCAAUCCUGUUAAGAAAAGAAAUUGAUAUCCUUGCAGUCGAUAGAUAUAAGGAGUUAUCAUAGAAAUUAUCAUAAUUGACAGCGGAUUCAGUAGAAGAAUUCAUUACAAAUCUUGACAAAUUUGAAAGAUUGGGUCAGAAUGCUAGUGAGACAACUAAGGCACCAAAGAUUACUCAAGCUGAUUUAAGGCCAGAUUUCAACAAUACAGCAAAUAAGAUAUAUAACUAAUACAGAGGGAUUUAUGGGACAAAUUUCCAUAGUUUGAAAUUGAAAUACUAAGAAAGGGAAUUCUACUUAGAGAACAUUACAUUAGCAAACGACUUAGAAAUAGAGCAGUUGAAGCAUUUCAAUGCAGCUGAGAAUGGCACAUUGUGGUUAAUAAAGAGCAAACAAUUCAAAAACAAUUUCUACAUAAAAUGCAAUGAGAAUAGUUGGAUUCGAGUCUAAGAAUUCAGAUUCACAGAUAGGGGCAGUAGUUAGGCAGCAUAUACAUUCAAGAAUCAGUUCAUGACGGAUUUCAAAUUUGAUAGUUUGGAUAACCAUUACAAGUUAAGUUAUUGA